AUGACCAAAGAACAAAUCAAGACCUCGGAACUCCAAAAGACACCUCACACACCCAACCAGAUCGUAACAGAAGUCCCACACUCAAAAGAUGCCUCAAUCAUCCUCGACGUCCCCUCACCACUAUGGUACCACCGCCUCGGUCCCAUGAAGAAUUUCCUAGGCUGGUUCAGCCGGAUGCAGCGUCGUAGGCCGCUGACCACCACUCUCGCAACCUCGCUUACGACAUAUCUAUGCGGCGAUCUACUAGCACAGGAAAUUGGCCGCGAACCCUACGACGGCAAGCGGACGCUACGUAUGCUGACUGUCGGCGCUGUAGCCAGUAUCCCAGGGUACAAAUGGUUUUUGUUUCUCGGAAGCCAUUUUAACUACGGUUCGACUGCUGUUUCCAUCACCAUUAAAGUCCUAAUUCAGCAAUUCUUCUUCGCGCCGCUCUUCAACAGCUACUUCUUCGGGAUGCAGGCAUUCCUAGCUGGUGCGACACUACCACAGAUCAUCGAACGACUAAAAGGCGCAGUACCCGAGAGCGUGAUCAGUUCCGCAAAGUUCUGGCCUGCCGUGACGGCGCUGAAUUUCACGGUGAUACCGGCACAUUUGAGAUUUGCUUUUAGUGGUGUUUUUGCGGUGGUGUGGCAGACGUAUUUGAGUUUUCUGAAUCGGAAGGAGGAGCGGGUUGAGCCGAUGGGGACGCUGGUGCAGGAGGCGAAGGUGAGGGUGGAUCAGAUUGUUGAGGAUAUUACGGAGAGUAGUAAGGAAUAG